AUGGGUCUCAUUAGCUACAUGGGACCUAGCGUUAUGCAGAGGAGUUGCACCGAAGCCCGUCUCGGCAACGGCCAGUGCGAGCUUCUGGAGCUGACUGGCGUAUAUGGAACCGGUGACGGUAUGGCCUUGUGGGAGCAGCUAAUAAAACAGCAUUCCCCUCGAAUCCCAGAAGCAACAAAGGAGACACUUCUUGGAGUGGAGGUCCGAUUCGGCUUGUGGUGGCGGGUCUUCUUCUCGAAGGAGUCACAGGGCACGGUGCGCGUUAGAAUCGUAGAGGACUCAACUCUCAUCUCCAGUAAUAAGAUCUUCGAGAAACUUUUCUCUUUUCGAUGCGGGCCAAGGAGAAAUUGA